UUGUAAUAUUCAACUCUUUGCACAGGUUCGCGUCGUGCAUUGCUGCUUAUCGCUUCAGGAUGGACGACAAUCAGAAGCGAGCAGCGUCUCCGGCGUCCUCGGAGCCUCUCCAGAAAGCAGCACGACCAAGCAGCCCAGCUGACGAAUCGUCGUGGUGCAUGCAGUGCUGGAAGCACCCGGACGACAAGUGUUCCGGGGACAAGCACCACAUCCUGCCCUUGCAGGACGCCAAGCUCGAGGCCAGGAAGGCCCUGGAUGACGCACACCGGGCGUGGGAGGCCCGGCAGCAACAGCUCGCCACGGUCGAGGAGGCCGGCGAGCCCACCGUCUUGAAGCUCACCAUUCCUGGUGCGGAGGGAGAGGAUUCACUUUAUCUGGAUGGUGGGUCCAUGAUGAUCAGGAUGGCCGUCACUGGCGCACUCACUGUAGAAGAGAAGGAGAAAGUCAUUGAGGCCUUGAAGGGUCAUUCGGUGGGGUUCAAUGUCGGUGAGUCGGAGGAGUCGGAGGAGUCGGAGCAUUCGGUGGAAGAAAUGGCUGCACUGGGAUCUCUAGACGAGACACGCAUAGCUUCGGUCAUUCAGAAGCUCCCGCUGUGUGUUGACGGGCAGAAGCUGCGUGGGAAUGCAAUCCUGUACUACUCAGACCUAAAGAAAUAUGCGGUGUAUGACAAGCCCAGUUCCAUUGACAAGGAUCAGGUGCGUCGCAAGGUCCGUGUGUUCGGGUGGGUGACGAACGAUUUCAGUCUGCGUACUGAGAGAGAUUACGCAUACGAAUACAACCCCAAGUACCACACCCCCUCUGAAGAACCAAUCGUGGUUCAGGUCGAAGACGUGGAGUUUGUCGAUAGGUCUCAAAUGCAGGCCCACUGCUCUCCGCCCGAGAGGGAGUAUUGACUUUGGUAGCUUUCAGUGAACCAUUCAUCACUUUUCUAGAAGUUGAAAGAUCUCUCAUUGUAAAUUUCUAUUUUUGUAUAUGCACGCCGAAGGGUCACGGCAAAUAAAAAACUUUGUUACCGCUUA